AUGGCCUGUCGUCCCCCCGGCUCUGGAUCCUACACUGUGGUUAUCAUCCCGCUCAGGACCAGCAUCGACAGCCUGGAUGCACUCCGCUUCUACCUAUGGGUUAAGCGCCUAAAGGAUCUAGAGAAGGAGAAAGACGCUCUGUACUCUGGUCUGGAGAUCCUGGAGAAGGCCCGUCUCUGGUACCUCCAGCGGCUGGAGGAGAACAGAGCCAGGCAGGACAACAUCGAGGCCAAAAGUGGGCUCGGCUCACGCGAGGAAAGCGCAGCAGAGGCUCGGUCCUGCCUCCUCAGGUCUCGUAUCCAGCGGGUGAACGGCUCUCUGGGCUCUGUGAUGGCUGAGCCUAAUGUCACCAGCAGCACCCCCUCUCUGCCCGACGCAGUGGCAGACAGCGACCUCCGGUGGCACAACACAGUCCUGACUCAGGAGGUGAGUGACAAGAAUCGUCAGAUCUCCAUGUUAGAAUUGGAAAAGGACGCUCUCCUUGUAAAGCUUGAUGAACUACAGGCCCAAUGAUCACACACACACACGAGCUCUACUGCAAACUCACAUUUCACUCCAUGUCACUCAGUUA